AUGGCGACGUCUGUGUUGAAGGUUGUGGGAAAAGCUGCAGGUGCUGUGAGGCGCGGCUGUUUGGUGACAGCAGCGCGGAGACGUUUUUCCUCGUCCAAGGCCGUCACAUCCGGCAUCCCUGGAUCGCUGUGGAAGCUGGGCAGGCUCAAUCACAUCGCCAUCGCUGUGCCAGACCUGGAGAAGGCCGCCGCACUAUAUCGCGAUGUUCUGGGCGCCCAGGUGAGCGCAGCUGUGCCUCUGCCCGAGCACGGCGUCUACACCGUGUUUGUGGAACUGGGCAACACCAAGCUGGAGCUUCUACACCCGCUGGGAGACAAGAGCCCCAUCGCAGGGUUCCUGCAGAAAAACAAAUCCGGAGGGAUGCAUCACAUUUGUAUAGAGGUGGAUGAUAUUAAUGCAGCCAUAGCAGAUUUGAAGGAGAAGAAGAUCAGAACUCUGUCAGAACAGACACGGAUUGGAGCUCAUGGUAAACCUGUUAUGUUCCUUCAUCCAAAAGACUGUGACGGGGUGCUUGUGGAACUGGAGGAAGGCUAAGCACCACUUGGCCAUGAUAUCGCUCUCUUUCACAACUUUGAAACACGAAUGGGUCAGCACAUUUCCUCAUGGAGUUUUGUUGAUGUUUUUCUGUCAUGCCAUUGCUCUGGUUCGGUAGAUUGAUAAUUAUAAAAAUGCUAAUCUGUUAUUUCGCUGUUCAUUUUCUUCAUAAAUAUUAAAAUG